AUGGCUCCUAGUCGAUCCCAGCUCAUUAACACGGCAAAUACCCUCAUCUCCGCCUACAAUAAAUGGACCGUCCCCGAAGUUCUCGCCAUCCAAAGUCCCACAUGUAUGCACCGCAUCCUACCCGGCAAUCAACCCGCCCGAAGCAGAGCUGAGUUUGGGGAAUUUCUCGGGCGCAUCAUUCCCAUUAUCCGCAACUUUCGUCUCAAGAACGUGGACACGACGCCGUGGAUUGUGGACGUUGAAGAGAGGAGAGUUACGAUGCAUUUGACGAGCACGGCGGAAACGGAUAUUGGGACGUAUGAAAAUGAGUAUAUCUUUAUGAUUACGAUUAGUGAGGAUGGGGAGAAGGUGGAUGAUAUUGCCGAGUAUUUGGAUAGUUUGUAUUCGGCGGAGUUUGUGGGCAGGUUGGCGAGGGAAACGGGACAGGAGUUGAAGUAG